AUGCCUUCGCUGGGUCUGGGGACAUGGUUGAGCAAGAGAGGAGAAGUCAGGGAUGCGGUGCGGGAGGCCAUUAAGAUGGGCUACAGGCACCUGGACGCCGCAUGGAUUUACGGCAACGAGGACGAGGUCGGCAAAGGCAUCGCUGAUUGCAUCAAGGAAGGAAUCGUGCGCCGAGAGGAUCUCUUUGUCACCAGCAAGUUGUGGAACACGUUUCACGACCCUGAAGACGUCCCCAAGGCUCUCAAUGACAGUUUGAACAAGCUCGGCCUCGAGUACCUCGAUCUUUACUUGAUCCACUGGCCUCUCGCCUUCAAGAGAUCCAUCGGAGUCUCGAACUUCGGCAUCGGGGGGCUCAAGAGCUUGUUGUCAAGGUCCACCAUCAAGCCCGCUGUCAACCAGGUUGAAGGGCAUCCGUACCUCGAGCAAUGGCCCCUGCUCAAGUUUUGCAAGGAGCAAAAGAUCGCUGUGACUGCAUAUUCUCCCUUGGGGAGCCCCGGAAGGUAUUCCUACACCUGCAAUGGCAGCGCAGUCAUCGAUCACUCCAACAGAGAUGUCAAGGCUUCAGGAGAACCUCACCUCCUGAGCGAACCAUCGGUGAUCAGGAUCGCCGGAAGCCUCAACUGCACUCCAGCACAGGUCCUCUUGCUGUGGGGUUGGCACCGCGGCACCAUUGUCAUUCCAAAAUCUGUGACCAAGAGAAGACUGCAAGAGAAUCUGGAGGUGUUUCAGGACAUGCUGUCUGGGAAGAAAGCACUGUCCAGGACCUUGGUGAAGAGAGAGAUCAUGGUCGGCGAUUCAGGGAAGAGGGUUCCUGAAGGCUCGUGGCUGUAG